AUGGAUAUCAAUAAACUCGUCGAUUUGUUACGAGGAACUCUCGACCCGAGCCUCCGCGAACAAGCUGAAAGUGAGCUCCAACAUUUUGAUAAACUUAAUGGGUUCGCGCCUGCCUUAAUGAUGACUAUUGUCAUGUCCGAUAAUCUAGAAAUCACUGUCAAGCAAGCAGCUGUGUCUUAUUUCAAGAACUUGGUGAAAAAAUACUGGGAUAAUAGCGAGAUUGAAACUGAUUCUGCAACAACAUUGUUUAGUAUCAGUGAAGAAGACCGAGCAGCGGUUCGCCGACAUAUCAUCGAAGCUAUUAUACACAGUCCCGAUAUAAUACGCAGCCAGUUAAGUAUCUCUUUAAGUAUAAUCGUAAAACAUGACUACCCGAACAGAUGGCCGACUUUCGUUGAGAAAAUAGCUGCGUGUAUUCUGUCACAAAACCAUACGGCGUGGAAUGGUGCUUUGGUAAGUUUGUAUCAACUUGUAAAAGUACACGAGUCGAAAAAACCGAAGGACAGGGAUAUUCUUAACACGGCAAUGGGUGUCGAACUGCCUUUAAUAUACAAUUUGUUUGUAAAGAUGCUACCCGAUCCGUCCCCUAUGUCUAGCAUAAUACAAAAACAAAUACUAAAGAUAUUCUAUUCAUUCGUUCGCAAACAUUUGUCGUUGAAAAUAAUUUCAAGAAAUGUGUUCAAUCAGUGGAUGGAAGUCACUUGCCAAGUUAUGCAAAAUCCUGUUCCUGAAGGAGCCCAUAAUAUAGAAGAAGACAAAAGACCAGAUCUUCCUUGGUGGAAAGCCAAAAAAUGGGCCGCAAGGAUUUUAACCUUUACUUUCCAGAAGUACGGAAGUCCUGGUAAAGUAAAUAGAGAAUAUAAGCAAUUUUCCGAGUGGUAUUUGAGAACUUUCCCACGAAAUGUUAUACCUAUAUUGAUUAAUAUUUUAGGCAACAAUGACGAAAACAAUUAUAUAGCGCCGAGGGUUUUGCGCUUGAUUCUAAACUAUUUAAACCGUUCUAUUAGUUAUGCUUCGACUUGGAAAUACCUAAAAAAUUAUACUGACAACCUUAUUCAAAAAGUAAUUUUUCCACUGAUGUGGCACAGUGAAAAAGACAAUGAGUUAUGGAAUUCAGAUCCACACGAAUAUAUUCGCAGAAAGUUCGACUUAUCUGAUAUGUCUACGAUUGAUGCGGCAGGACGACUUUUCCAUUCUUUAGCUGGCAAAAGAAGCGGGGUUCUUGAAAAAGCAAUGAACUUCUGCAUGACGAUUCUUAACAAAAAUGAUGUGAGUCCUCAAGAGAAAGAUGGUAUUAUGCAUAUGCUAGGAACCGUUGCUGAUAUUCUUGUAGAAAGUGAUGUUUAUAAGGAACGCAUCGAAGCAGUUCUUGUCACCCAUUUAUUUCCAGAAUUUCAAAGCCAACACGGAUUUCUAAGGGCGAGGGCUUUCUGGACUCUAGAUUUUUUUAACGGCGCAGUGUUGAAAAAUUAUAAUAACUUAUUGCGAGCUAUAGAAAUGAGCAGGGAGUGUCUCUGCAAUGAUAGUGAACUGCCUGUUCGUGUAGAGGCCGCCAUGGCUUUGCAAAUGCUAGUGACGAAAUACGAGAAGGCACGAGAAUUUUUGCGUCCUCAUGUUCGACCAGUAAUAUUUGAGGUCUUACGAAUAAUUCGUGAAACUGAAAACGAUGAGCUAACCAGCGUAUUUCGCCGCCUGAUACGCAAGUAUGCCGACGACAUACUUCCUGUUGCUCUAGAGAUAAUUACACAUCUUGAACAAACUUUUAAUCAACUGCUCAGCAGUAAUGUUGAUACUUCUGAAGACAAAGUAAUCAUCGGAUUAGGUAUUCUGUAUACCAUGGAUACAGUUUUGGAUGUUGUAAAAGGCAAAAUUGAAAUAAUAUCGCAAUUAGAAAGCAAUGUUUUAAAUGUAGUCGUUUCAAUCUUGCAACAAAAUCUUAUUGACUUUUACGAAGAGGUGUUUUCUUUAAUCUACAAUCUCACAAAAACCCAAAUAUCGACGAAUAUGUGGGAGAUAUUUAAGAUGCUGUACCAGGCCCUUCGAGCCGAAACACUAGAUUAUUUUAUUGAUAUGGCUCCUUGUUUACACAAUUACAUCACCGUUGACACAACAGCCUUUUUAUCUCAACCCGAAUACUUGGAAGCUGUCUACAAUAUGUGCAAGUCAAUUCUGACUUCUGAAAAGAUAGGUGAAGAUUCCGAGUGCCACGCGGCCAAACUCAUUGAAGUCGUUUUGUUGCAGUACAAAGGCCAAAUUGAUCAUGUAGUUCCUUCUCUCAUAGAACUUGCCGUGAAGAGACUGGCACGAAAUAUCGAAACGUUAGAAUUGAGGGCAAUGUGUUUGUUGAUAUGUAUAGCAGGCUUAUGUUACAAUCCAGCGCUUCUGUUCAGUACAUUGCAAGACAUACAGCUGCCGAAUCUAUCUGGUCAAAUUAUACCCCAGUUCUUGACGACAUGGUUGAACAACAUUAAUACUUUCCACGGGGUUCAUGACCGGAAACUAAACAUUUUGGGCUUGUGUACUCUAAUUAACACACCUCUCAGAAGGCCCAAAGAAAUUACAGAGUUGGGAGGGAAAUUUUUACCGUCCAUUCUCACCCUCUUCAAGGGUUUAAAACGAUCGUAUAUUUUAAAGGCACAAGAAGUGGAUUUGGACGAAGAUAAUGAUCACGACAGUGCACGGGAUGAGCUGGAUAUUCUUGAUAGCGACGAAGAUGAGAUAUUUGAUAGCGACGACGAACACCCUGUUGACGAUGAUGAUGACGGUGAUAACGCGUACGAUGAUUUCUCUGACGACGAAGAAGAUAUCGAUAAGGCGCUGGAAAAUUACCCAACACUCAUUGACAAUGACAUCUACAACAUCGACGAAUAUAUAAUAUUCAAAGACUGCAUGGAAAUUGUCAUGACACAAGAUUCUAACUGGCACCACCUAUUGACGUCGGUUUUAAAUGCUGACCAGAGGAAGAACUUAGAAGAAGUUUUUCAUACCACAGAACAGAGAAAAAUUGCUGCCGAAUCGAAGAAAAUUAAGCAGGACAGCGGCUAUGCUUUUUCGAAUUCCAAUGUACCGUUAACAUUCAAUUUUGGUUCAAAGGGUCUCUAA